UUCAGUAAGAAGAACGGACUUGGCCUACUAGGCCAAGGAGAUGCUUAUAAAGGAAUUGGAAAUUAUCAAGGAGCUCUUAGCUCAUACACUGAUGCCAUUGAGGUUGACAAGGAGUCAAGGAAGCAGGCUUACAUGAAGAGAGGUAUUUUGUAUCUCCAGUUAGGCCAAAAUAAAAAGGGAGACCAAUUUGAGCUCAAAUCUGCUCUACAUGAUUUCAAUGAUUUGAUUGAAAUGGACUUUUUAAAGCCAAAGCCGUAUUUCUACAAAGCAAAGGUGCUUGAAAGGCUUGGAGAAUAUGACGAUGCUGUGCUUUGUUUCGAGCAGGUUAUCAAGCUAACAGAAGAUUCUCAUUUACAAGGAAACUCAUUAUAUGAGAUUACAAAGAUUAGAGUUCGUCAGAGAGACUUUUAUGAAGCGUAUUAUUUCCUUCAGAGAGCUGAUAAAUCAAAGCUUAAGCUGCCCAAGCUAUCUCUGUAUAAUUCGUUCACUGAAGCAGCCAUUUUCUUAAUGAAGAGGAAGACAAAGAAAGGAGUUGCACUUCUAACUCAGCUGAUAGAAAACAAGUCGCAAUCAAGUUUAUCGAAGGAGACUUUCUUAAACCCUCUUGUGUAUAUUUAUAGAGCAUACGGUAGGAUUGUGCUACAAGAAUAUGACACUGCACUAAAGGAUUUACUAAAAGCUUCUUCUCUAAAGAAAUUGCCAGCAAGUGCUCACUAUAACCUCCAACUAUGUGUUGGAAUCUUAGCUGUCAGAAACAAAGAAUUUGACUCUGCAAUGACAUAUUUCACAAAAGCGCAUCAAAAAUUUCCACAGAACAGGAACCAGUUCUUGAAAGCUGUGACUGUUAUUAAGCAGGCCAACGAGUCGCUCCAGAAGCCAGAAAUUAAACUGAGAAUGGCUAAGGAAGCUAAGAAAAUUAUUAACAAGGUCAUGGAAAAGCAUAAGAAGGAUUAUGGACUCAUGUAUUACAGAGGUCUUCUUAAUCUUUAUCUCCAAUGAUUUAAUGAUGCUAUUAAUGACUUCAACACAGUCAUCGAGAUGGAUGAAGAUACAGCAGCUAAGUACUAUCUUGGCAGAGGAAGAUGAUACGCAUGCCUCUCAAUGUUCAAAGAAGCUAUCACAGACCUUUCUAUUGCUAUCAGUAUCGAUAAAGAUCUUAUUGAUGCUUAUCUAAAUAGGGGGAAAUGCGCCUAUCUGCUUGGAGACACUUCACUAGCAUUCAUGGAUUUCCAGAAGAUCAUUGUGCUCAAACCCAAAACUCCAAUGGUUCACAUUUAUGCAGGCAAUCUUUUGAUGACUACUGGAUCAUACGAUGAUGCUACUAAGGCUUUUACAAAUGCAAACAAUAUUAAGAAAUCUCCAUUAGCUCUUUACCAGAGAUCUCGCUGAUAUGUAGCCUUGACUAAAACUAAAGAUGCACUUGGUGAUUUAAACAAAGUAGUUGAGCUAUCACCAAAUGAUAAGGUUGCCAGAAAUGACCGUGACUGCUUAAAAUGCUUAAGCAUCUGCUCAGGCACAGAGAUAGAUCAAUCAGCAUUUGAAAAGUCAAUUAUCACCAUUGGGCAGUUGAUAAACACAGAGAAGAACUCUUAUCUAAGAAAGCAAAAUAAUCUCAAAAUCCAUUAUUCUUCAGUAAUCUACCAUCAUUCUCAGAUUAUUCCUUCUUCUCAGAGAACGAAGGCUGACAAGAUAAAGACGCUUAGACAGCUCAGAGAGAAGAAGCUCAGAUCUCAUGAAUAUGAUGAAGAAUCUUUCGAUGAUGAAGAGUUCGACCUCGAUGUUCAAGUCGAAGAACUAGGUGAGAUAGAAGAAAGAGAAGUUGCAGAUGUCAAUAAUUAUUACAGAGAAAAUAUAUUCAACCCUGAAGACUACUAUCUAUAUAGAGGGGUCAUGUACUUUUACACUGAGCAAUAUGACAAAGCAAUUCAAGACUUUGAGCAAACUUCUAAAAUAAUGCAUGCAAACAAGAAUCUGAAUAAUACUCAGAAUAAUUUUACACUCACUGAUGAAGAGGCAAAGAGAAUGGAUGGGGUUAGUCAAGCAAGCAGUCAGACAGAUCUCUCAGAUAUUGGAUUAUGAAGUCUCAAUGUCCACGAAUUCACAUAUAACAUUAUUCUAUGUCUAAUCCAAUCAAAAAAGUACGAAGAAGCGUUCCAAAAAGUGACAUACCUGCUCGAAACCAUCCCCAAAAAGUACCACAAAGAGCUCUGGAUCCUCCGUGGCAUCCUCGCCUCCAUAAUUGGCAACUACAAAAUCGCUAAAAGCGAUUUUUCCUACGCCGAACGAAGGGACCCUGACAACUACAUCACCUUCAUCAAGGACAAAAACCCUAUAACACUCAACAUCUUCCCUCCAUCCAGCCGCUUAUGCAACUACUACCCCUUCGUAAAGAUAAGCUUCCCUUCCUUCUCCUCCAACAUGGGCACCUACAUCCUCAUGAGACCUUCCUUCUCAUUCCCCUUCAUCCGCCCCCCAAACAUGAUCCCUUCCCUUGACGACAACAUCUUCGAACAGUUCACCGUAAAUGCACUCAAGAUCAAACCUGAAGCUCCCUGGAUCAAGCGAGGAUCACACGGUAUAAAAUUUACAGAUAAUAUUCAAGUAACAGAGUACGAUGACAACUUUGAGAUCUCAGAUGAUGGCAGUGAGAAGGAUAGGAAGAAAAAGGCAAUGGACCCAUUACUCAAGAGGCUGUAUAUAAGAACAAAUUCUCAGAAUUAUGGAAGGGUUAAGUACUUUAGUAAGGAACAGGAGAGGGAAGAGAUGAAGGCACUGGAAGAAGAAGAUUCUAAAGGAGAUAAUCUUUCAUUAGACUCUUCAAACCCUAACAAUGAAUACUUGCAAGAAUUCGAGAAAUUUGGAAAAAUGAAAGACCAAGAAAAAGUAUUUGAUGAUUUACAUGAUGAGUACGAUGACACUUCUGAGAAGGAUGCAUUUGACCUUGACAUUGAGAUCCCCGAUGAUGAUGAAGACUACCAGAUGCACACUCCUUCUAGAGGAAAAGACAGUGAUGAUGACCUCCUGCUGUAGAAUAAAUG